UCUCCCUCCAAUUUAAUCCACCUUGUCACACAAAGCUGAGUCCUGUGUUUUUUUUUUUUUUUUUCGUUUUUUUUACUCGCUAUAGUUGGGGGCGCGCGUGAGAGUAUUUGUCAAAAGCGCGCCCGACGGUUUGACAGCGAGGCGCGUGAGCACUGGAGCGCUUUGCCACCGGUUUCGCCGCUUCGACAUUUUACAACCCCUUCGCCUACCCCUCUCCUAGUCCUUGUCCUCGGAUCACGAGAGAGCAAGAGGGAAACGACAGUGCGUAAAGGCAACAGACCCAAUCGGAGGCAGUGUGAAAUGAACGAUUUGUGCUCCUGGAUACCGUAGCCUACAUGCAGAGAGAGAGAAAGAGAGCUGCUUUGCAGAACAGUGAAUAAUUGGUUAAUUAGCUGUUAGUAGCGUUGUUUGUGUAAAGCCGAAGAACUGAUAACAGCGAGGACAAGAAAGGCACGUCCUUAACGAGCUCGCUUCAAUUGGCCGCGGAGCUACCUCGCACCGAAUCCGGACAGGAGAGACAUCAGACAGGCAGAAGAUGGAGGGGAUGGCAUACGGAGCGGGGAAGGCAGGAGGAGCCUUCGACCCUAUCACAUUCGUCCAGCAGCCUCACACAAUUCUCCGAAUAGUGUCUUGGCUCUUUGCCAUCGUCAUCUUCGGCAGCAUCGCCAACGAGGGCUACGUGAACCGUCCCGACGAGGUGGAGGAGCACUGCAUCUUCAACCGCAACCAGAACGCCUGCAACUACGCCGUGAGCAUGGGCACCAUGGCCUUCGUCUCCUGCCUGGCCUUCCUGGCGCUCGACAUCUACUUCCCCCAGAUCAGCAGCGUGAAGGACCGCAAGAAGGCCGUGCUGGCAGACGUCGGCGUCUCUGCCUUCUGGUCGUUCAUGUGGUUCGUAGGCUUCUGUCUGAUGGCCAACCAAUGGCAGGUGGCCAAGCUGGAGGACAACCCCCUGCGUGAGGGAGGGGACGCCGCCCGUGCCGCCAUCACCUUCUCCUUCUUCUCCAUCUUCACCUGGGCGGCGCUGUCCUUCCUGGCCUACAAGCGCUACCUGCUGGGCGCCGACUCGGCCCUCUUCUCCACCGAGUACACCGACCCCAGCCAGGACGCGGCCGCCGCGCCCUACAGCGCCUUCUCCGCCGGAGACGACCUGGCCAGCCCCGACGCCACCGCCACCGGCUCCUACCAGCAGGCCAACAGCGCCGACGCCUUCGACGGCUCAGCCGGCUACCAGCGCCAGGACUACUAAGCUCCGGUGCCAGUAGGGGGGUGUGUGUGUGUGUGUGUGUGUGGGGACAGAGGAGGGGGGGGGCAGGAGCCCAACUUCAGCACCAACGUCUUUAUACUGGGUUUGGUUUGUUCAGUGUGGUCUGUCAAUAUGGCUGUGCAUAUCCUACAUGAUGGUUUGAACCUUACGCGGCAGGUUUUUUUUCUUUCUUCUUCUUCUAUGUGCUGGUCGAAUCACUUGGCUCAUAAAUGCUAAGCCCCCCUAAUCUAAUCAAAACCCUUUACAGAAGAUGAGCUCAGUGGGACAGUGCAGCUAGACUUGGUAGUUUGAGGCUGCAUGUACAGUAGCAUCAGAUGUGACCAUAGCAGUUUCCCCUUAGCCCUGAGGGGCACCUGUGCUUGGGUUAUGUGGCACUGGUGUCGAGUGGGGGAUAGAAGUGGUCAUCUUGCACAUACACGCACACAGACACACACACACACACACACACACACACACACACACACACACACACAUACAC